AUGCUGGACAAGGACGUGUCCGAGCUGGGACCGAGGGAGCUCACCCAGAACCCGCUGCGGAAGAUAUGGAUGCCGAGGGCUGCGAACGGGCUCAUCCAGAGACCCAUUACGCAGAGACGGGUGUGCAUGACGAACUGCCCCACGCUGAUCGUAACCGUGGGACUUCCGGCUCGAGGGAAAACGUACAUAUCCAAGAAGUUGACCAGAUAUCUGAACUGGAUCGGAGUUCCAACAAAAGUUUUUAACGUCGGCCAGUACAGAAGAGAGUGUCUGAAGAUCUACAAGUCGUUUGAAUUCUUCCGUCCAGACAACGAAGAAGGCCUUAAAAUCAGACGUCAAUGCGCCACGACUGCUCUGAACGACGUGCGGCAGUACCUCAGCGUGGAAGGAGGACAAGUGGCAGUUUUUGAUGCCACAAAUACGACCAGGGACCGGAGAGCCACCAUCCUGAAGUUUGCAGAACAGAACGGCUUCAAGGUUUUUUUUGUGGAGUCCGUGUGUGAAGACCCAGAUGUCAUUGCAGAAAACAUAGUGCAGGUGAAGCUGGACAGCCCUGACUACGUCCACGCCAACUCUGAGGAGGCCAUUGAGGACUUCAUGAAGAGGAUUAAAUGUUAUGAAUCGUCCUAUCAGCCGCUGGACGAGACUCUAGACAAGGACCUGUCGUACAUAAAGGUGAUGGACAAGGGGAGGAGGUACCUGGUGAACCGCGUCCUGGACCACGUUCAGAGUCGGAUAGUCUAUUAUCUGAUGAACAUCCACAUCGCGCCACGCUCCAUCUACCUGAGCCGCCACGGAGAGAGCCACCUCAACAUCAAGGGCCGCAUCGGCGGGGACUCAGGCCUAUCAGAGCGUGGGAAAGAGUACGCGUCACAUCUGCGGAAGUUCAUCCAGGAGCAGGACAUCAAGGACCUGAAGGUCUGGACCAGUCAGAUGAAGAGGACCAUCCAGACGGCAGAGUGUCUGGGCGUCCCCUACGAGCAGUGGAAGGCCCUGAACGAGAUCGACGCGGGCGUAUGUGAGGAGAUGAUGUACGAGGAGAUCCAGGAGAACUUCCCUCUGGAGUUUGCCAUGAGAGACCAGGACAAAUACCGCUACAGAUAUCCCAAAGGAGAGUCGUACGAAGACCUGGUGCAGCGUCUGGAGCCGGUCAUCAUGGAGCUGGAGCGCCAGGAGAACGUCCUGGUGAUCUGUCAUCAGGCCGUGAUGCGCUGUCUGCUGGCCUACUUCCUCGACAAAACUGCAGAUGAGCUGCCUUAUCUAAAAUGCCCUUUGCACACUGUCCUCAAACUGACCCCUGUGGCUUAUGGUUGUAAAGUGGAGUCCAUGUGUUUGGGAGUGGAUUCAGUGAACACGCACCGAGACAGACCAGUGAACGUGAUGGCUCAGCGCAGCACAGAGGACGCUCUCCAGACCGUCCCGGCUCAUUACUGA